AUGAUGUCAAUAUUUUUAAAUUUAAUGUACCUCUUGGCAACCAUCCUGGCCAUUUUCUCGGUUGUGUUACUCUUUGCUGCCUCGAUUUGUGUGCUUCUUUUGUGGAAUCGACAUCGGCAUUACAACCACAUUCCAGGACCUAAACGGACAAGUUUCUUCUAUGGCAAUGCUUCAGAGCUUACAGAUAACAAGGGGCGACUGUUGUGUGAAAUACUGCUUGAUCAUGCUCUCACGUAUGGGCCAGUGUUUGUUUGGUGGUACUUUUUUUCACCACUUGUGGUAAUAUCCAGUCCUGAAUUCAUAAAAUAUGGCAUUGUGACCUUGAAUCUUCCAAAGGCACCUUCAAUGUAUAACAGUAUAGCUUAUUUGUUUGGGAGGUAUAGAUUCUUAGGCUCUGGUUUAUUUACUCAAGUUGACCACGAUAAAUGGAGACAUCAAAAACGUUUGUUAAGCCCAGCAUUUCAUCGGGGCUACUUGAAAGGUCUGGUUCCACAAUUUAACUCUGUAGCCAGUUCCUUGGUUACCAAAUUAAUGGACAUUGCUGAUGGAAAGACUGUUGUUGACAUGGCUGAUGAAUUUCAGAAAACUACUUUAGAUGUCAUUGGAAAAGUGAGUGAAAGACUUAGAUUUGAAUUGAUAUAAAAUGAGUCAUAUUUUGAACUGCUGUGCGGGUAAAGAUUUGAAAGUGAGCUUGAUCAUCACAGACUUUACAGUAGAAAGAAAAACCUAAGCGGUGACGCAUAGGUCAGGGUUUCAUUCCCGGACAAGCCUGAAAUUUUUCAGGUUCUUUUUCAACCGCUUAAGUUGUUCAUUCAUUCUACUGUAAAGAUCAUGUUAACUUUCAGACAGAGCAGUGUCAGGUAAUGAUAUUUGCGGAAAUAAGGGGUCAAAUGAACAAAUUAAGUGACUGAAGCAAAUUUUGCUUGACAGCGUAAUAGGGGCCAUAUUGCACCUGAUAUACAGCUUUGGAAGAAGACUUACUGGUAAUGGUGCAUUGCUGGGGAGUGGUGUCAAACGAAUUCCGCUGUGUAAUGGCGCUGACCAAUUCACUACUUGGGUAAUUCCAAAGGAGGAGUUUGCAUAUAUCCCAUCAUGCUUUGCGUUUGGACUAUAUUAUCAAACUCUAUUCGUCACGUGAUACUGUUAGUUCAAGAUGGACGCCGUGGAGAGAAGGCCGUGCGACGUGAAGCUAUUCAAAGAUAAUCGCUACGUAUGGCUUCAUUGUAUAGAUCUGGAAAGCCGAUUCGAGCUUACAGUCAAAAGCUUUCCACUUUUGAAGGUCAAGCUUGUUUACGGCCACUUUUCGUUCAUGUGGGAUUUGUCGGAACGAAGACUAGUAAUGUUGCCCGACUCGGAUGAUGUGAUGUCCAAAUUAACUGGAGUAAAAUCGCCUUGUUGUAUCGACGUGAAGUCAAGUGAUGGAGCGCCUUGCUCUAGGUGUAUCUGUGUUCCAUGACGAUUCAUGAGAUCGGCGCUUGCUCUCGGGUUUACCCGGAGAGUCGAACGUAGGUACAUGUCUACGUUUUAGACUUCCCUCCUCCAUAACAAACAAACCUAAAAGGAACAAUUCAGGACGUCGGAUGAAUAUUUCUAGUGAUUUAGAUCUCAAAUAAUACCAAAAGGAAUCCAAAAUAAACCUAACGAUACAUACAAAUAUGUCUAUUGCAAAUCCAUAAAACAAAGCACGUGGAAAAGGAACAAGAUCAUGCGGAAUUUGCAUCACACAAAAGCACCGUCAAUUCUUAACAGACCAAAAUUUGCACGCUUUUCUUGGUCGUCUACGGUUAAAACUAGAGAGGUCAAAAGAGGUCAAGACCCGUUUUCUGAAUAUUCAACCUUCACUUUCUGAAAUGGAACUACCGUUGAGAUUUAUAUUUGCAUUAAACAUUAUGCAAAUUAAUAAAGAUAGGAACCACUCGACUGUAAACACAAACACAAAGGCGCGCUAUUGAAAAAACACUCUAUUGUUUCAUUGAACUCUUCACGCUUGACGACCAUAAAGCGCCGAAAAAAUAAAACUAACGAAAACUUGAAAGAAAAAUUCAUAAAAAAUGGUAAAAUCACUUACCUGGAGUACGCCAAAGUUGGCAAAAUGGCAGGCUAAAAAUCACUCAUUAACGGAAAGACGACCGCCUUCGACCCGCCAUUUUCAUAACAAGCGUAACGAAAUUGCACCAAAGCAUGCUGGGAUAUAUGCAAAAUCCUCCUUUGGUAAUUCCGUAACGGUACUUCAGCCAGGGAACCAAAACUGAUUCUUAUUUCAUUCCAGACUCAAGAGAAAAACUCCAAUUUCCAUCCAAUUCUUUGAACCCUAUCAGUUUCCAAUUUCUAAAAAAUAGACAUAGUAAUGAAAAAUAACACACUUUUUCAGAACCACAAUUCUCUCUUUGGAUAAAUGGAAUGGUUCUCUUCAGGACUCGAAAUUUACACUCACAAAAGAAAACAUCGUGGAGGAAAUUUGUUAAAAACCUACCGCGCAGAAACAAAAACGCCGCUUGAUAGAAGUUUAAUAAACUUUCAGUUACUUCGGGACUUUGAUUACUGGCCGCGUGGAGGUUCAACUAUAAUCCUACAAAGAAGGGUAACCCUAAAACAUGGAAUGGUGGAAGAUCGGAAUGAAUAGGGUUAUGAAUCUUUGGCACCUGAUGAGCUAUCUAAGCUAAAAUGGUAGAUCAAAGAUGACGAGGAAUGUGAAGCGAUCAAAAUAAUUAAAGCCAAUUUUUUUUAAAAUACCAGGAAACCAAUGAAUUUGUAAGAUUCUUCACAUAAAGUCUCUUGUGUGGAGAUUCUUGCACUGUACAAUGAGGUUUCUGCAGACUAAACAUAGAAAAAUCUUAUGGCAAACUCUUGCCGGUUGACCGAGUCCUUCCUUAAGCAAAGGCCAAGAAACUAGGUUACUAGCUUGCUGACCUAAGCGGGUAAAAGGAAGUUAAUACUCAUAGUACACGUUCAAAUAUACAAGAGGGCCAUUCUUCCAUUUCAGCCAUAUUAAAAAAUAAACGCUAAUUUUGAGAAUUACACUAAAUUAUAAAUAAUCUGUGCAUUUGACUAGUUCACAAGUCAAAAACUGUUUCGCAACUAAAGUUUCAACUGCAGUAUCAACUCGAACUUUACAAUUAAGUUAUUUUUAACAAGCGUUUAAACUAUUUUUUUUUCUUGAUUUAAUUUGUAGGUUGCAUUUAAUUUGGAACUCAAGUGCUUAGAAGAUAACAGUAGUGUUCCAAAUUGUCUUUAUAAGUGCCUGGAAGGUUACGAAGAAAGUUACUUAGAUCCAUUUCUAUCCCUUCCAUUUUAUAAACAUUCAUAUCAAAAGAACGUGCAAAAGUCACUAUCUUUUUUAAGAAAUCUUGCUAGAGAAAGUAUAGAACGACGCAGAGAAGCCAUGCAAGAGAGUUGUCAGCCACAUCCUAAUGAUAUUAUGGGGAUGAUUUUACAAGCAAGUCAGUUGGACGGUGAUGUAAGCAUGGAGGAUCUUGUGGAUGAAUUUAUUACUUUUUUUGUAGCAGGUAAAUAUACUACGAAAUCUGAUUGAGAAUUAAUGGCUCCCGCAGUAAACUCCCUCCUUCAAAGAUGAAGAUUCUUGUGGGGGAGGGGGUCCUUAAAAAUAAAUAAAUACACACAAACAAAUAUGCAAUCAUGAAUGCAUACAGUAUAUGAAUUCGUAACGAAUGCAUUCAUAAAAAACGCAGCCAAGGAAGAGAGCAUGAUUAGAAAAGUGCAUGAGUUUGUAUUUGAGAAGACGUUCGGGUUGUUGUAGGCUUUCUCAAAGCCCUUUUCUGGUUUCUACAGGUUAGGUGUCUCGCAUUCGCUCGCGCAGUCGACUUGUCGCAAGUGUUGGGUUAUUGUUCAAUAACUUGAGAAAAAAAGAUGUAUGGUUUGAAUAUUUUAUUAUUCACAGGUCAAGACACAACAGCCAAUCAACUCAGCUUUGCUUUGCUAGAAAUCCUUUUAAAUGGAAGAAUUGAAAACAGGUACUUAUUAAGUCACAUUGUUGUUUUAAGAAUGGUUUUCACCGGAGUCGGAGUCGUAAGCGGAGUCGUAAGAGUGCUUAUGACCUAGUGAAAAUCAAAAAUCGGAGUCGUAAGCGGAGUCAAAAGUCCGACUGAAUCGGAGUCAGAAGAAUCAGAACGUUUUCUUUUUCUUCCGACUGCGCUUAGGACUCCAUCGCUUACGUUUCGCUUAUGAUCUAAAGAAAACCACACUGUCUUAGUAGGAAGCAGAAGCGGAGGGAUAAACCAAUGACAAAGCACGUUCCUUCGCUUUGUGAUUGGUUUAGUCCUUCCGCUUCUACUUGCGAAUUCGACGUCCCAGAGUCUUGAGCGGAAUCAGAAGUAUCAGAACGCUGUUUUCACUAGAUCCUAAAGUUCUACGCUUCUGAUUACGACUCCAACUCCGACUUCGUCGCUAACGGAAACCAGCCUUUCGUUGCAACGUUUUCUGACUAACUUUUCAAUCCCUGAACACUCAAUCCUAAAUUUUCUGGUGGCUUUCAUCGUGCCUCAAUUAAAAAUCGGUUUUCUUACCCGAGAACGUACGAACUAAUUUUUUCCAGAAAGAAGCAAAAACGGCUCCAAAAAGGCCAAUAUUAUUUUGUUUAGUAUAUCAAGGAGGUUUCGGCCAUUUUACGACAAUCCCGGGUUAUUUCAGAAGAUUUCCGAAGGCUACCGACGAUUCCCAAAGACUGUUGAAGAUUUCCGAAGACUUGCGAAGAGGUCCGACCAUUGCCAAAGAUGUCCGAAGAACCUUCCAAACACUUAACAGUAUUUUCUUCGGAAACAGACAACAUUAAAAAAUUGGCCAAUUUAACAGCGAACAUUAAACAUUUUGGGCAAAUAACACUAAGCACUAAACCCCAUUCAGACCGUCUACUAUGACUCGAUCUGCCUUCAUUAACUACUUGGAUUUUGAUUGGCUCUGAAUAACAUGAAACCUAUCCGAAAGUUGUGAGUACCUGAUUCGCAUCUUACGACUACAGGGUGUCCCAAAAGUUAGUUCUACUACUUGCAAUGCAAUAUGACUGGACUUGGUUAGUAAAUCGUGUUAACUAAAAUUGUGUUUAAAUCUAAUCAAAUAUUUCAUACUUACUCGGCCAUCUUUUGACUCGAAUUAUUCGAUUCGUGUAUUUUCGCGCCAAAGUUGCGCGCGUCCGUGUAUAUUUUCCCGCCACAUUUUUUUUUUAUUUUUAGCCCGAAUUGAUCGAACUUUCGUUUUUGUUUUUGGUUUUUUUUUGUGAUUAUUAACAUGAAAGAUAAACCCUCUCAACACAAAAACGCUUCGCUACGUGAGAGCAUAAGCAUGCAUACUUCGAUCAUUGGCUUGUCAAAAAAUUGCCAAAAAACUUGAAAAUUCUAAUGAUGGUUGUGAGAUGGUAAUGGAGAAAUGAGAGUUUUGAAGAUAAGAAAAGAAGAGGAAGACCGAAAGUUCUGAGUAAAGCAUCUAAAAUAGUUUUAAAGAAGGCAAGGCCGGUACCGAAAAGAGAAAAUUCGACGAGAUAGCUUUCACAACUUUUAGCUAACUUAGUCUGGAGCAGGUUCAUCAAAUGCGAAGGCCGGAGGCCUCUAAUAUAAGGCCAUCCCAAUAAAAUGUUUCGUUUCCCAUCGCCCUGUCUCUUGUGAUGGUGGGUCGGUCGGGCAAAAGAAAAAAAAAGAAUGAACACUUGAAGGGGUCUAGGUUCCAGAGAAUGCUGGGAUCCUAAGUAAGAAAGCCUGGUUACAAAGUCAACUCGAAACGUCUUUUCGACUAUCAAAUGUCUAAACAGCCUUUAAAAAACGUAGUAUUGAUGUUAAUUAAAGACAAGGACAUCACAUCAUCCCAAUUGUUGUUAAUAAAACAAGAUCGUGUGCUCGUACUUGCUUCUCUGACUAGUUUCUUUGACUACACUGUAGUUAAUCUGGAAUUUUUGUUUUUUUUGGUUUUUUUUUUUUACUUUUCGAAAAAAAUGGGUCGGUCGGGCGAUGGGAAACGAAACAUUUUAUUGCGAUAGCCUAACGAAAAAACCUCUGUUUAGUCCGCCAAACAACGUUCAGCUCGUGUCAAAUUUGUAACGAAGUACACAAACAUUUCAGUGCAAAAAAGCCGGGCCGGAUAUUGUUUGAGGUUCGAAGUGACCCUUGCAUACCAAGCUCAAAAUGGAUAAUCUGGCGUUUAACACGCUACAUGAUUUAUUCCAGCCUUUGCCGCAACGGCUACAGAAAGUAAAACCAAAACAUAAAAGAAAUAAAAGGGUCAUGCUAGACUGACAUGCUGAACGCAUGUAUUUAAUAGAGGAAUUAAUAUCUUUUAAAAAUUGAAUGUAAAAAUAAAGUUUCGAUCAAAAGUUAUAGCGCAUGAAAUAAGAGGGAAGAAGUUUUAAGACACCUUGUAGCUAGCUAUUAUAAGUUAUCCUCUAUCCGUCAUAAUGAACCAAAUCAGUCGAAACUGGCUGCCAUCUAUCCUUCUAAAAUCCUAACUACUUCAACGGAAACGAGACCAUCCCUUUCAAUUAGAGGCCAAUAUCUCGUCUUUGUUUUAUAUAACCGUCUGAAAAGAUUUUUGGAUAAGCAAGGCGUAUUAUAUCACAGUAUGGCUUUCAUGAUAAGCACUCCACCCCACUCACUAUACAUCGACUUAAGUUAUUCGAUAUGGUCGGUUCACCGCCCGGUCAGUGCAGCUGGAUUAGCGCUGGUCUGCCGAGCGAGAGGCCCCGGAUAGAAACCCUCGCCGGACCAACAUUUAGGGUCUUUGAAUUACUGAGAAGAAAGUACUGCCUUCGUAGUGUCAUUUGCAAACGGUUAGACUUUCGUAUAGAGUAUGAGAUGUAGUUCCUGGUGUGGUGGUUUCUCGCUUUUAUGAAUUAAACUGCGCCAUAAACAACCUGUGUUCUAAAUUAUCCUUGAAAAGCCUCGAGGGGAAUGGGUAAUAUGAUAUUUGCAAUUUACAAUCACUCUGUAUUAUUAGAAAAAUUAAGGCACCACGGUUUUAGCGGCGCUGUAAAUGAGUGGUUUUCAUGGUAUCUGACGGGCCGCACCCAGACAACUCAUGUUGGGAUGGCAUAUCAGAAAAGUCGGUAACGUUACUGGCGGUUUCCUCACGGGUCGGUGCAAGGACCAUUUCUUUAGUUACCACUUUAUGAGAAUGAUAUCCAAAAUUGUUGCGUUAAACUGAGCUUGAUACCAAUCGCCAACCGAAAUGGCUAAUAGCUAUCGUUAAUUGUGAACUUCUAAUCGUAUAUAAGUGCGUAAAUUGCAAAUAAAUAGCUUUUCGUCGAAAAAUGCCACUUUAGUAUUUUUCACUGUUAUCACAAAAGGCCUAGCUACAAAGUAAAUCUAAAACUUUUCUACAAUUCUUCUAAUAAAUUCAUUCCGCUGGAACGCAAAAACCAUCACCUGGCAGUACUCAUUGACAACAACUUGACAUGGAAAAAACAAAUAAUUAAAACAGCCGUGAUAACAGCUUUUCUUUCCCCCUAUUUGCCAUAUUUUGUUGCAAAAGCGUGACCUUCGUUUGAUUUACUUUGACCAUUAUGCAGCUCAUGCAAUCCCUAGACUGUUCACAGUCCUCUAUUUUUCCGUAAGAUGGUCGAGAUCGAGGGCUUUGCGUUACGGGCUGUCAUCUUGCAUGAGUGUCAGCUAUAAUCCCCGACGCCCACCCCCUCAGUACAUUUGAAAAUCAAGAUAGCUGCCAUUGACGGUAAGACGCGCUAUAUCUCGACGAUCUUACGAAAAAAAGAGGGGACUGUGAACAGUCCCUGCAAUCCCAUAUUUUUUGUCCCAUAAUAUUCCAGUAAUAAUAAUGAUACCUUAAUUAUCCUCUCCCCUCGUGGGGCUUUUCAGGGAUAAUGGAACAAAUAAUUUAAAUGAAACAUAACAAGGUUAAAAAUCCCAGCCGGUUGGCCGAGGAUUUGAACUAGGGACAGCUGCCAAGAACAAAUCCAGCCGGCGUUUAGGGCGGGACUUGAACUUGGGGCCUCCGAAUUAUAAGUCCAGCAAAGUUCAGCGCUCUAAGCACUCGGCCACUUCUCAACAUACUCAAAUCAGUUUUUCUUCUUAUGCAAGAUGUCACUGAUACCCCCUUUGCUUUCAGAAACAGAAUGAUGGAAUUCCAAAGAGACUUGAUGGCUAGCUUAAUAGAAUAUCAGCACAUACCUAACUGGAAUUAUUGACUGUGUAAUUUUAUUUGCUGAGGCUACAGUAACGGUGUAAUAAUAAUGUAACAAUUUAUUAUUUUUGUGAUUUACAUUUUUAGUAUUUUUCAAGAAGUUGACCAUGUUCUUGGAAACAAAGAGACUGUUGAAUAUGAUGACAUUUCAAAACUACAGUAUGUUAAGCAAACACUCAAGGAGAGUCUUCGAAAGCACCCACCAGCCGGUGGAAUGUUGCGCACAUCAACAAAACCAGAGAAAUUUGGCUCAUUUCAGAUUCCCAAAGGGGCAAUUAUUGAUUUCUCCAUCUAUGUUGCUCAUCACUUACCAGAAAAUUGGUGCGAUCCUGAAUGCUUUAAUCCUGACAGGUUUUUGGGCGAAAAUAACAGUGAAAACAAGAUCUCCAACUUUGUAUACUUUCCUUUUUCCUGUGGACCAAGAACGUGUAUUGGAAAGGAUUUCUCAAGCAUCAACGCUUCCAUUUUGAUGGCACAACUCUUUCGGAAAUUUAAGUUUGAGCUGGUAGCUGGGCAAACCCUGCAGCGCGAGGAGAAAAUGACAAUGCGUCCUAAAGGUGGAGUCCUUUGUACUAUCAAAAAAAGAUCUACAAGAGCUUGUCAACGAUAAAGUUUCGCCUGCGUCGCAGGAUGCUAGGAAGAAGGGAAGGGAAAGCCUGCAGCUACACUAUUGUUUCAUCCUCUAUUGCGUUCAGUUUCAGAGCGUAAUUAAAAAGACGAUUGACUAGAAAUUAAUUAUGUUAAUCAUAGACAUACUACCUCGACUGAAUUGUCAGAAAUCAUUAGCACCCUGAUUUGAAUACUGGCUCUUCUCGAAUUUAUCGCGUCCUUAAAGAAUGUACUGUUUGCUCUUAAUAAUUACGUUAUAGUAGGCUACGUUGGAUAUACAGUCGAACCUCCCGUAAGCGACCACCCAAAAUGUAAAGACUGAGUGGUCGCUUACGAGAGGUGAUCGUUUACAAGAAUCGAGGGUCUCUUCCGAGAAGAGGUCCAGGCAGAUCUACUUUAUAGAGGAUAAUUU